AUCAACGUGUAAAGAUUAUGUCUGAAAUAAUUAAAUCAAUGCGUAUCGUCAAAAUGUAUUGUUGGGAAAUGGCAUUUGAUAAAAAAAUUCGUCAUGUGAGAAGACGUGAAAUUAUUCAAUAUAUGUGUAGUUUAAUGUUCGAAUGUGCUCAACUGCUCUUUUCACAUACAUACAUCAAUGUAACAUUUCUGAUGAUGUAUGGAACAAUGUGGUGGUUCAAUAUUCGAUUUGAUAUACGUUUCUUUGCAAUUGCAUCCUGUCUGCUUGGUCAAAUGAGAUUAAGUGUUGUCGAAUUUUUUAAUAAUGCUACAUUUCUUUUACUUGACGAAUCCGAACGAGACAAUCGAUUAUUGUCUCGAUCACAUUCAGAACUUGCGUGUAUCGAAAAAAUUGAACCGACAAUAGUGAAAAAUAUUCAAACACAAUCACCAAAAGUUAUAUGCAAUUUGAAACGAGCACAGUGGGAAAAGAGUUCUCUUUUGCAAACACUCACUGGUGAAAUUACAAUUUUUGAUGGAAAAGUUCGAAUGCAUGGUUCAUUCUGUUAUGUACCACAAGAAUCAUGGAUAUUUUCUUCAACUAUUAAAACAAAUAUUCUCUUCGGCAAAGCAUAUGAUCAUAAUUUAUUUCGAAAUGUUGUUAAAGCAACUGCGCUCGAUAUAGAUUUUGCUCAAUUACCUAAUGAAGAAAAUACUCUUGUUGGUGAUCAAGGUGUUAUGUUGUCUGGAGGUCAAAAGGCACGUGUUAAUAUGGCUCGAGCACUCUAUCGUAACGCAGAUAUCUAUCUUCUGGAUGAUCCUUUAUCUGCUGUCGAUGUCAAAGUAGCUAAACAUCUCUUUGAAAGAUCUAUCAAAAACUAUCUUGCGAAUAAGAUUUGUAUAUUGGUUACACAUCAAAUUCAAUUUUUGCAAGAUGCAACAAAAAUUAUUGUACUUAACAAUGGUGAAAUGGUACAAAUUGGUACUUAUACUGAUUUGCUUGAUUCAUCAACAUCAUUUGCUCCUUUACUUGAUGAUAUUCAUCAAUUUGAACAACAACAUUCUAUCGAACUUCAUCAACAACAAUCAAUUAUUAGUUCGACAUGUUCGAAUGUUGAUGAAGAAAUGUUGACAUUUUCGAAAAAUGUUGAAACAAAACAAAAGGGUGCAGUCAAAUGGCAUGUGUAUAUUGUAUAUUUAAAAGCUGGUGUUGGUAUUAUUAUGGGUUUGUUCAUCGUCAUAAUUCUAUCAUCUGUACGAGAAGCAACAUCGAUAUUUAGUAAUUGGUGGUUAGCAAAAUGGAAUGAUGAUGAAAGUUAUCGAUAUCGAAUUUCAAACAAUUGUACAAGUAUUCAAAAUAAUAAUAAUAAUACUGUAUGGUCGAUGAGUAAUGCAGAAUGGAAUAAUUAUCGAAAUCGACGAUUCUAUAUCUAUUGUGUAAUCAUAUUUAUUUUUGUGCUUAUGACUCUUUUCCGUUCAAUUAUCACUAAAUUCAUGUUUUUAAAUGCUAGUCGAGUACUUCAUAAUAAAAUGUUUCAGCGAUUGAUUCGAUGUCCUAUUGCUUUCUUCGACACAAAUCCCGUUGGACGAAUAUUGAACCGUUUUAUUAAAGAUGUGGCUACCAUGGAUGAUCAACUACCAGUCGAUAUAUAUGAUUUUCUCAACGUACGUAAAUCAUUAAAGUCUCUCAUUUGUUUACAUUGUUCUGCUAUUCAGUGUUGCUUUCGAGUUCUAGGCACAGUAGUCCUAGUUGGUAUGAUUAAUCCAUGGUCAUUUAUACCAGCGUUGAUAUCACUCAUUGGUUUAUUAUUUGUACGUUACCAUUUUGCACCAUGUUCUCGUGAUUUAAGACGACUUGAAAGUAUUACACGUAGUCCUAUCUAUUCUUAUUUGACAUCGACUAUUCAUGGUCUUAAAGUAAUUCGAUCCUAUUAUGCAGAAAAUAUGUGUUCGAUUGAAUUUUUCUCUCAUCUCAAUGAUAAUACACGAGCAAACUAUCUUAUCUAUACAACCAAUCGUUGGGUUGCACUUCGCUUCGAUCGUGUUGCACUUAAUUUCAUUGCUCUAGUUACAAUUCUCUCGAUGAUUCUACGCGUCAUUGAAUAUCAAUAUUUUUCAACUGCUGAUAUUGCCGUAACACUCGCAUAUAGUCUCAGUCUAAUGGGACUUCUACAAUUGACGAUUAGAUUGUCAAUCGAUUUGGAAACAAGAAUGACAUCGAUAGAACGUAUACUCGACUACUGUUCCCUUGACGAAGAGCCUCCAGCUCAAGUUCCACGAAAUCGUCGACCACCGUCAAAUUGGCCAUCACAUGGUAGAAUCGUAUUCGAUAAUGUUUCUAUGUCUCACUCGUCUGAUAAUCAGUCGUUACUUGCUCUACGUCACAUUUCGAUGACAAUUGAAGCUGGUGAAAAAGUGGGCAUUGUCGGAAGAACAGGUGCUGGAAAGAGUUCAUUGAUUCAAACAUUAUUUCGCAUGGGAAUACUUGUUAAUGGUCAAAUCAAAAUCGACAAUAUUGAUAUUGCAUCAAUUGGCUUGGAUGAUGUUCGACGUCGAAUUUCCAUUAUUCCACAAGAUCCUGUUCUUUUUACGGGUACUAUGCGAAGUAAUCUUGAUCAAUUCAACGAAUAUUCUGAUGGUGAAAUUUGGCAUGCACUUGAACAGGUACAAUUGAAAACAUUAGUUGCCGACAAAAUGCCGAAUGGACUUCAUUCCAUAGUGAGUGAAGGUGGUUCAAAUUUGAGUGUUGGGCAAAAACAACUUGUAUGUUUGGCAAGAGCUAUUUUAAAAAUGAGUAAAAUUCUUCUCAUUGAUGAAGCUACUGCUAAUGUCGACAAUGUCACUGAUGAAUUGAUUCAACAAGCUAUUCGUGAAAAAUUCAAAGAAUGUACAGUUCUUACUGUAGCUCAUCGUUUACGAACAGUGAUCGAUAGUGAUCGUAUUCUGGUACUUGGUAAUGGAGAAUUACUCGAAUUCGAUUCACCCAAAGUUCUUCUCUCAAAUUCUACUUCUCAUUUUGCUUUACUCGUCGAACAAACAGGUGUAGCUGAGGCUGAAUAUCUUCGAAUGUUAGCAAAUCUGAAAUCAACAAGAGGCAACCAUCACAAUCUUGAUCAAGAACCAUUACCGGAUAGCAAAGAAACUGAUCCUCUCCUAACAUAG